ACAUGAAUGGCUCAAUAACUUUAAAACUAGACAAGACAGGCAUAUUUAGUGGAGUGUGUUUUUAUCAGUGGACUACAGAGAACAAUCCACACCUCUUCGAUUUUCAGAUUAUGUUUGUCUGUAAUAGUUAUUCCCGAUCUCAUGCUCACCAUUAUCAGCGCGCACUUGACUCUCUCACGUCUUAAUGCCGACACAACCCCACGCCCGCUGUAGUGGAAUGUUUUGAAACAACUUGGCCAUCUUAUCUCUUUGGCAGCACGCGCGUAACAACGCCACCCGUAUCUCACAGUCAGGUUGGCGUAAAAAGCGCAGGCAGACAGUAAAGACGUGCGUUUACUCCGCUAGUUAUGCAGCGCUACACAGACGAAUGUGAAUUCGUCCUGUAACUUGACAGAAAAUGACCAUGCUGAGAAAAACGCAGCAUUUCGGUUUGUUAAUAUUCUUCCUCAGUCAAAAAGCUUCCUUGGAAACGGUAGAUCGUCAUUUCGAGAGUAAAGUUGAUCUGUUGCUCAACGUGGAAACUGAGAAUCCGAAGUGUUUUGCGGAAGGUAUGCGGGACCUCACGUGCUUCUGGGAGGACGAAGAUGGGGGCAGCGCAGACCAGUACUCCUUCACGUACACAUACGAGAAUGAGAAGAGCAGUGAGUGUAAAGUGACGUCCCAACCAGCAGAGGGAGCCAAAACACGUUACUUCUGCCACCUUCCAAAAGUUCAGCAUUUCGGAGACCUUUAUCUGCGUGUGUUUCGGGAUGGAUUGCAGAUCUACAACCGCAGCCUUUUAAUAAACCUUCUCUUUUGGCUGGAUCCCCCAGCCAACCUGACUGUGACUCAGACUGGGAAGCUGGGCCAGCUGAAGGUGACCUGGCUGCCGCCCCCCCUCAAGUACAUGGAAAACAGCAUGAUGUACGAAGUCAGAUACACAGCAGGAAGUACCUGGAAGGAGAAGGUGGUCCGUGAAUCCACUGAGAUCACACUGCAAGGCCUACAGGUCAAUACCAAGUACAAGGUCCAGGUUCGAGUCAAGCCUGAUGGCCUGACAUAUGAUGGAUUUUGGAGUUCCUGGACACUGCCGGUGUCCAUGACAACAGCCCCCAAAGAUGUGGACCCACUGAUCCUGGCCCUGUGCCUCAUCAUCACCUUUGUCCUCGUUCUGCUGUCCCUCACCGCACUCGUGUCUCACCGGAGUUCUCUGCAGAAGAAGAUGUGGCCUCUUAUUCCCAGUCCGGAAAACAAAUUCCCAGGGCUCUUCACCGUCUACGGAGGUGACUUCCAGGAGUGGUUGGGCCACAGCGGUGGGGGCUUACGGCCGAGUCCUGCCUUCUUCUUCUUUGAGGAGCUCCCAGCUAUGCUGGAGGUGCUAUCAGAGGCUACCCCGGUCCCUCCUCGCUCGGUGGAAUCCAGGGCCUGUAAUCUGCCAGAGUCAGGAUGCAAAGAAAACGAGGAGGACCUGCAGAACGCAGAGUCUGGGCAGGAGGGGUGGCAGCCGACCCCGCCUGCACACUGGCUGAUGAAGCACUUCCAAACCCUGCAGCAGGGACCCUCCCCAUUUUCCUGGUCCACACAACUGGAAUCUAAGGACUCCUACGUGACCCUCGACCACAGCUUCCAGCCCAAACCCCAAGAGACACCGAUGGAUGAUAUAUCUGAGGAAUCUGCACCUUUGCGAGUUCUUUUCACGUCGGCAGAAAUCUCGGCAUCCCAUUCGGAUCUGGGCUCCCUCCCGCAGAGCUCCAGAUCAGGCAGACUCUCCUCCGAGUCCAGCCUUGAGUACCCUCACAGCAUCUGGCCGCCUAAGGGCAUCAGUUACGCCUCCCUGACUCUUGCCGAUUCGGGCGUCUCCGUGGACUACAGCCCCAUGAAUUCCAUCAGAACUGCAGCUGGUGGCAUAGGAGGCUUCUAUAAUAAUGACUACAAGAACGAAAUCCCAAAGCCAAACGAGCCUCUCUCUGGAUGUCCAAUCUACUCCGCCUGCUGACUGUGAAAACAGUUUUCCUCCAGCCUAGAAUGGCAAGCUUCCGUUUUUAAAUUAGCGUCACAUGGGCUUUUUAUGCACAUAUAGCUCAUAACUGGUUCUCUCCCAACAUUGUAUGUAAGGCAGCCGAUCUUGGGAAGUAAUUACUGUUUGUGUUAAUAUAUACAUCUUGCCCAGGAUGUACCCCAGCCCUCCAGCCUGCGAUGCCUGGAACAGCCUCCAGGCCAUCUUGCAACCCUGACCAGGAUACCUGGUUAGAAGAUGGAUGUUAAUGUAUACAGAAUUUAAAUAAUGUUUUUAAACACUUAAACUGGAUAAUAGAGCUAAUUAAUCAUUAGAAAUCAUUCUCUGUUGCAGCCUGGAGCCAUUUUAAAACACUAAGCCCCUGUCAUUGGAUUUCAUAUCCAUUUAAAACUGGGAAAAGAAUUUUCUUACAGGAUGAAAUUAAAUGUUUGAAAGUUUUGGCUAGGCUCGAAAAAUGGCACCUGCGUGUGAAAUUGCUUCAUGUUCUGACACGGCAGCCAUCUAUGAUUUUGUAUAUUUUACAGAAGCAUCUUUCCCUAAUUGAUCAUUUCUGUACAGUGAAUUAAUCAAACAUUCCUUAAAUACCCGUUUACAGCACACUUUACUUGUCAUACAACUGUUUCUAUAAAAUUUGAGAAUCUAUUGUAAAUAACAAAAAGCAAUUUAUAACCAUUUUUUACUACGAAAAUAUAUUUUCUUAUAUAA